UGUUAUUGUCAUCUAUUCAUUCGUUUAUUUUUGAUCAUUAUUCAAAUUUAUUCAGCAAAGGGGGAAGAUUUUCUCUCAAGCAUCUAUUUUAAAAACACUGUUGACAGAAAGCUGCACUGUCUGUAAUCCGCUCCAUGGUUUUGUAAUAUUAAAAAAAAGAACCCUUUUAUUUACUGUGUGGACCCCAUUGCAUAAAGAUAGUCCUCAAAAUGUAUAAAUCCACUAUUAGUAUGAAAGUUUAGACUUUUAUUUCCACCUUUUAAUUGGCUAAAGAGGAUGACAUAGUGUAUAUUUUACUGCAUGGGAUAAAGGGUUUCCAGUAGGCUUAGUUCAUUUCACUUGGAAAGCUCUUGAGCUUCAUAUGGUGCUCUGCUCGGUAAGCCUCUUAGGAAUCACGACCACAGCAGAUGUAGAGAGAAUGCCAAUCAGGAGCUCCUGCUGAGCGGAGAAACCCGACGGCUCUGCCACUGCGCGCUUCAAAUCUCUGCCACGGUUCACAUGAAACACGGUUAAAUAUCAUUUGGUGAUAUUUAAUGUUCGUAGUUUACAAACAAACAACAGCAGAAUCACGUGAGCUGUGGAGAAGAUGGGGCGCGCAGGCUGUCUCUGAACUAAAACAAAUCGUUCCCAGACAGAAGGCAGAGCCAUGCUUCCUCAGGAUGUCGGGAAGCAGAAGCCACGCCGUGUGUCGGAACCGGUGUGCGGGGUAGACGGCCCCCCAGUCCCGCCUCGGCGUUUAAAGAACCGGGACUUCCCCCUGAGCGUGAAGCGCCGGCGGUCAGGCUCCGCACCUGAGCGCAAGGUGAACUGCGUCCUGGUUGGAGACGGAGCGGUGGGCAAGACCAGCCUCAUUGUCAGCUACACCACCAACGGAUACCCAACAGAAUAUGUCCCAACGGCGUUUGACAACUUUACGGUGAUGGUUGUAGUUGACGGAAAACCAGUGAGACUGCAGCUCUGUGACAUGGCUGGACAGGACGAGCUGGAUCGCCUCCGGCCACUGUGCUACAAGAACGCAGAUGUCUUCCUCCUCUGCUACAGUGUGGUCCGCCCCUGCUCUUUCCGCAACCUGAUUGACAGGUGGGUUCCUGAGAUCCAUCAGCACUGUCCUGGUGCUCCCCUGGUUCUCGUUGGCACCCAGCUGGACCUGAGGGAGGACGUCCAGGUGCUGAUUCACCUGGCACAGAACCAGGAGCGACCGGUGGGCACAGAGGAGGGCCAGCUGCUCGCCCAGGAGCUCGGGGCAGUGAGCUUUGCUGAAUGCUCGGCGCUUACACAGAAGAACCUGAAGGACGCUUUCGAUUCAGCCAUCUUGGCCAGCAUCCAGCAGACAGACAGUUGUAGCGUCCAGCAGCAGAGGCUGACUCUGAGGAAGAAAACACCUGAUAAGAUCAAGAGCCUCUCGGAGACUUGGUGGAGGAAGAUCAACUGUCUGAUGGGAGAGCAGAGCUGUGACUUCAAAUGAACAGCUGCAUGAUAACAAGCCUGGGUCAGAUCAUAUUUGUAAAGGUGCCUCAUGGGUGGGGAUUAUCGCCACACAGGAAUACAUAACAAAGUCCUGAACAGACUCAAAAAACUCACAAGUUGCCAAUUCAAAUACAAAGACUGACAGGGAAACUGUUGGUGGGAAAUUUAACACACAACGAUCUGUUUACUGGUAAAGAGGAGUGCUACACAGCCAGGGAGGGUUUAUUGAAAAAUCCUGUCGACCUUUGGGAAGUGUAGUAUUGAAAGAUUUUUUUAGAAUUAAAUCACACUAGGGGAUAAAAGUCAGAAAGUCUCAGCCUCUGCUGCUUCAAUAUUUACUGUUCCCCCAACUUACUGUGAUAGUGUGGCUCUUCUGCAGGUUCAGAUGAGUGUAGUACAAAGAAAACGUUAAGUGAUUAAUUUAUGUACAAAAAAGAUAUUCAAAUAAUGCUUUACAAGUACAGAAAUGUGUGAAUGCACUUUCCAUGUCAGCAGUCAAUCCUGUAAUCUGUGUCUAUUGAUGAUAUAUUUUGCAUGUAAAAUGAACUCUGCUCUGCCGAUCACCUGAAGCAGCUGCGAGUAGACAUUUUCACCCUUUUCAUAUUUUGUAUCAUGAUUCUUUUCAGUAUCUCUUCUGUCCAAUCUAACCUGUGUAUAAUGCUGGAAUCUGAAGCAGUGAGAUAAGCUAAUAUUGGGCAAUUCAAGUGUAAUGUAGUUUUAUUAAUUUUUUUAGUUUUUAUUAUUAUUAUUUUUAAGAAUUUUAGGUUAGAAAAUAAUUGGAAACCUAAUAUGGGUUUCCGUGUUGUCUGAUUCUUUCCAAAUUUGUCCUGGUACAGUAACCCCACCCAUCUGAGGACUUAAAACAAACUCCACAAAUGUUAUCAGACCCAGGUUUGGUUUACUACAAAGAGUCUGACUUACCAACAGGAUGAUUUAGAUCUAAACAUGAUUUUUGACUCAAUGUGUGUUAUGUGCUUACACCCCAACAUUACAAGUACUUUGUUAGCUUGUAGUAAUUUAUUUAUUUAUUUUUUAUAUGAUCAUAGAAAAUGCUUGAUUAAAGUUGAUAACAGUAUACACAUUUGUUUAAUUUACCAAAAGGAGCAUUUUGAGGGUGAAACCCUCAGGAACUACCAUCUGUUAUGGAAAUGUUAUAUGCAACAACUUGAGCAGCAUUCAUCUGCUUCUUCAGUGCCACAACUUCUUCUUCACCAGACAAAAACAGGACAUGUUGGCAGGUUAAGAGGGAUCAAGUGCUGUUGAUUGUCUCAUCAGCUCUCUGAUCCUCCCACUGACCCAGUCUAGAACAAAAGUGGACUUCCCUGCAUAAAAAUGUAUCCUUACCUUGGAUACAAUUUUGGAGUUAAGCAGUCAGAGGCAGAUCGUCCCCUGAGAGAUUUUUCUAUUAUCUCAGUGUAAGCAGAAUAUUACUACUGUGUUCCACUUUCCUCUUUGAUUCAGAGUCAGCCUGGUGGAGGCUCCUCUGGUUGCAGCCUCCUCUAAUAGGAGCAGACAGGACCACCUGGACUGGAUUA